AUGGUUCUCUAUGCCGUCGCAUGGCAGUGGGCCCCUCAAUCAAUAAUAGCGACGAUCGACGGCCUGAAGGCAGUAUCUUAUCCACAAGACGGCAGUAGGGAAUGCCGGUUUGGUGGUCGCUGCUCCACCAAAGACCACCUCGACGCGGCUGGUGUUGCCGCAGACAUGCGAUAUCCAAAGUCCGAUGCCAUCCGAAGACGAGAAAGCAGUCUCGACAUUGUGCAAUCGUACCUCGGAAAUAUCGAGAUUACGGUAACUGGCCAACCGUGA